AUAGGGGGGUUAAGUGUCUCUGAUGGAAGAUUUCUGAAUUUAACGCUUUAAAAGCAAACAAGCAGAAAUCUUCGUGCAAGUUGGUGUUUCUGGGGGGCAGUCUUUGCAAAAUUUGCUCUCUCAAAAGGGGAAGGAAUGGUGUGGGAGCAUGACUGGGCUGGCUAGGCUAGUUGAAAUGGUACGCGGGGGCACUGGCAAUAACAAAUCAUUAUAUGAAGAAUCCACGCAAGAGGAAGCAGAAGUGGGUCAGUGACUAUGAUUUGGAGUUUCCUAAACCUUGCUUUAGGUUGGAGCAUCAAUUUCAGGCAAAAGUAAGCGCUUUUUUUACGAGUGGAUACUGAGCCAAAUUUCUCAGCCCAUCUCCAGGAGAAAUGAUGCAUGCCCUCUUCUCCCAUUGUGGGGCUGUGGUAACUGAGCAAACCAAGAAAAAUUGAGGCCACAAAUCAUAUUAGGGCAAGUGAGGUGGUUGUUCCUGCAAAACAAAUCCCUGUCCAGGACCAAAGAAAACCGCUUCAAUGCUAUUCUUGGUUUGACGGCUGGUAUUUCGGAGUCAGUAGGCAACUCUGAAACGGUAGGGCUCUUAGCAGUAAGGGGUCACGGCGGGGCACCACUGCCGACAGCACCAGGGAGUGCCAGGUACCGGGCCCUGCAAAUCUUAGUAACUUUCAGCCAUCUGCUAGCUCCUUGCCCAGUGGCGCUGCUUGCAGCUUCCCCCGCCAGCUCUGGCGCGACUUCUCGCGCCGGCGGUCAGAUUGCAGUUUCCAGGCAUGUCACAGCUACGGGGUUACGGGAAGGCACCGAGCCGCUACUCUGCUGAACUCCCUUCUUUACUCUGCUUUCUGGAGCCGAGGCUCCUUGCUAAUCUUUCAGGAGCUAAAGAGUCACAGUUGAUCUGGGACUUGAGAGAAAGAGCCAGGUGGUAAAACUGUAAGAAGACACGGACAGUCCUUGAAAUAAACCGAGGGAGAAGUAGGGAAGAAGAGGACAAACUAAGGGCAUUUUAAGACAAUGUAAUGUGACCUUGCGGAUAGCGGGAGAGUUUUCUGGUGGGAUAGCGGGAGAAAGAAUCGGCCGAGUGGACGAUGCCGCAAGACGCGGAUCGCGCGCCGCCCUCACCGCCGUGGGGUCACGCCAGGUCGGCCUCUUGCGCGGAGCCACUGCUCCCCUAAUUUGCCACUUCCUCACGUGUUCUUGUAUGGCGGGGAUUAAAAAUGCAAGGAAAAAAACUACAUGCGGAAAGGACAGAAUGUUCUCAGAGAUUAGGGGGGGAAAAAGUGCGAUGCAGAUUAUACUUUUUCCCCCUUUAGUGCAGAGACGAAUUUUAUUUCCGCCCCCUCCCCUACACAUUCCUGACCUCUCCCUCCCCCUUGUCUUUUUCUUUCCUUCCUCCUCUUCCAAGUUCUGGGAUUUUUCAGCCUUGCUUGGCUUUGGCCAAAAGCACAAAAAAGGCGUUUUCGGAAGCGGCUCGGCACUGCACAAGGGCCAUUUGUUUGUUUUGGGACUCGGGGCAGGAAAUCUUGCCCGGCCUGAGUCACGGCGGCUCCUUCAAGGAAACGUCAGUGUUCUCUUGUCGCCCUCGCCGGCUGCGAGCCCCGCCGUCGCUUUCCAUGGGGGAGAUGCAGGGCGCGCUAGCCAGGGCCCGGCUUGAGUCCCUGCUCCGGCCCCGCCACAAAAAGAGGGCCGAGGCGCAGAAAAGGAGCGAGUCCUUCCUGCUAACCGGACUGGCUUUCAUGAAGCAGAGGAGGAUGGGUCUGAACGACUUUAUUCAGAAGAUUGCCAAUAACUCCUAUGCAUGCAAACAUCCUGAAGUUCAGUCCAUUUUGAAAAUCUCCCAACCUCAGGAGCCUGAGCUUAUGAAUGCCAACCCUUCUCCUCCACCAAGUCCUUCUCAGCAAAUCAACCUUGGCCCAUCAUCUAAUCCUCAUGCUAAACCAUCUGACUUUCACUUCUUGAAAGUGAUUGGGAAAGGCAGUUUUGGAAAGGUUCUUCUAGCAAGACACAAAGCAGAAGAAGCAUUUUAUGCAGUCAAAGUUUUACAGAAGAAAGCCAUCCUGAAAAAGAAGGAGGAAAAGCAUAUUAUGUCAGAAAGGAAUGUUCUGCUGAAGAAUGUGAAACACCCUUUCCUGGUGGGCCUUCACUUCUCUUUCCAGACUGCUGACAAAUUGUACUUUGUCCUCGACUACAUUAACGGUGGAGAGUUGUUCUAUCAUCUCCAGAGGGAGCGUUGCUUCCUGGAACCACGGGCCCGUUUCUAUGCUGCUGAAAUAGCCAGUGCCUUGGGUUACCUUCACUCUCUAAACAUCGUCUAUAGAGACUUAAAACCAGAGAAUAUUCUGCUGGAUUCACAGGGACACAUCGUCCUUACUGACUUUGGGCUCUGCAAGGAGAACAUUGAACACAACGGCACGACAUCCACCUUCUGUGGCACACCAGAGUAUCUUGCACCUGAGGUGCUUCAUAAGCAGCCAUAUGACAGGACCGUGGACUGGUGGUGCCUGGGGGCCGUCUUAUAUGAGAUGCUGUAUGGCCUGCCUCCUUUUUACAGCCGAAACACAGCUGAGAUGUACGACAACAUUCUAAACAAGCCCCUCCAGUUGAAGCCAAAUAUUACAAAUUCUGCCAGACACCUCCUGGAGGGCCUCCUGCAGAAGGACCGGACAAAGAGGCUGGGUGCCAAGGAUGACUUUAUGGAGAUUAAGAAUCAUGUCUUCUUCUCCGUGAUUAACUGGGAUGAUCUUAUCAAUAAGAAGAUUACUCCCCCUUUUAACCCAAAUGUGAGCGGACCCAGCGACCUGAGGCACUUUGAUCCUGAGUUUACUGAAGAGCCAGUUCCCAACUCCAUUGGCAGGUCUCCGGAUAGCAUCCUUCUCACGGCCAGCGUCAAGGAAGCUGCCGAGGCCUUCCUAGGCUUUUCCUAUGCACCUCCUGUGGACUCUUUCCUCUGAACAGUCUUAGGGUUGGUUUCCAAGGAAUCUCUGUGUGUUUUUAAAUGAUUCAGUUAGCCUUUUGGCAGAGCUGCCAGCCGACAGGACAUCUUCAAAGAGAAUUUGCACACCUCUGGGAGCUUGCACCUCUUGGCAAUCGUAUUGCACACUGUUUGCUGGAAGCUUUUCAAAGAGCACAUCCUCUUCUUAACGAGCUCAUGAGGUUUUCGUUUUUAUUCUUCCUUCCAACGUGGUGCUAUCUCUGAAAUGCACAUCAGAGUGCCGCCUUAGACAGAUGCAGUAGUCUGAUUAGACGGAGGUUGCUUUUCUAAAAAGGAACGCCUCCUGAAGGUCUGUCUGGGCCGUGAUCACGAAUCUUAUGAAAUGUGCCUUUUCUGAUGAGAUCGUGUUAGCUCCAAAGCUUUUCCUAUUGCAGUGUUUCAGUUCUUUGUUUUUCCUUGUGGAUUUACUGCGAACAGUGGUAUGAGUGUGGUAUGCUUGAUCACAGAUAGAUUUAGUUAUAAGCAUCAAUGUGACACUUGCAGGACACUACAAUGUGGGACAUUGUUUGUUUCUUCCAUAUUUGGAAGAUAAAUUUAUGUGUAGACUGUUUUUUGUAAGAUAUAGUUAAUAACUAAAAUUUAUUGAAAUGGUCUUGCAAUGACUUGUAUCCAGAUGCUUAAAGAAAGCAUUGCUGCUACAAAUAUUUCUAUUUUUAGAAAGGGUUUUUAUGGACCAAUGCCCCAGUUGUCAGUCAAGCCUGAUGUUUUCAUUGUUUAAAAUGUCACCUGUAAAAUGGGCAUUAUUUAUGUGUGUUUUUUUUUUGCAUUCCUGAUAAUUGUAUGUAUUGUAUAAAGAAAGUCUGUACAUUGGGUUAUAACACUAGUAUAUUUAAACUUACAGGCUUAUUUGUAAUGUAAACCACCAUUUUAAUGUACUGUAAUUAACAUGGUUAUAAUAUGUACAAUUGCUACCCUUCCCCACCACACAACUUUUUUUUGUGUGUGAUAAACCAAUUUUGGUUUGCAAUAAAACCUUGAAAAAUAUUUA